AUGGAGUUGAACGACACCCAAACAGAACGAGGCCCGACUGACAAAUCGCAGCACCAUCGGCUUUUGAUAUCACCGGGGGGCACUAAAUAUUGGAUACCCGAAUGCGAUGACACACUGAAGCCUCACAAUGGACAACGUUUUAGAUCUUUGAAUGAAGCAGUCGAGUUCUACCAACUGUAUGCUUCUACUGUAGGAUUCGACGCUAGGCACAGCACGUUGGUGAAAUCACGAGAUAACACAGUACUUUGGAAAUACUUGGUGUGCUCACGCGAAGGCUAUAAACAACGCGCAAAAACAGGACAACCAGUGCUAAAUGACAAUCGUGUGCUGGGGACCUUCAAUCGGAAGUGCAGGGGAUGUCAUGUUGUCAGCAUCUAUAGCAUAUGA